CGGCGGGCGGGGCUCGGCUCGGGCUCCGCGGGCGGGCGGGCGGACAUGGCGGCCAACAUGUACCGGGUCGGAGAUUAUGUUUACUUUGAGAAUUCCUCCAGCAACCCAUACCUAAUCAGAAGAAUAGAAGAACUGAACAAGACUGCAAGUGGCAACGUGGAAGCAAAAGUAGUAUGCUUUUAUAGACGACGUGAUAUCUCCAACACGCUCAUAAUGCUUGCCGAUAAGCAUGCCAAGGAAACAGAGGAAGACGAGAUGACCGUGGAGGCUGACCUCACUGAGAAGCAGAAGCAUCAGUUGAAGCAUAGGGAGCUCUUUCUGUCUCGUCAGUAUGAGUCUCUGCCCGCCACACACAUCAGGGGGAAAUGCAGUGUGGCCCUGCUGAACGAGACAGAGUCGGUGCUGUCCUACCUUGACAAAGAGGAUGCUUUCUUCUACUCGUUGGUGUACGACCUCGUGAAGACGUUAUUAGCUGACAAGGGUGAAAUCAGAGUGGGUCCAAAGUACCAGGCUGACAUUCCAGACAUGCUCCCGAAGGGAGACUCAGAUGAGAGGGAACAAUCAAAAUUGGAAGUAAAAGUUUGGGAUCCCAAUAGUCCGCUUACGGAUCGACAGAUUGACCAGUUUUUAGUUGUAGCCCGUGCCGUCGGGACGUUCGCCCGUGCCCUGGAUUGCAGCAUCGUGAGGCAGCCUAGCUUGCAUAUGAGCGCGGCUGCAGCCUCCCGAGACAUCACCCUGUUCCAUGCCAUGGACACGCUGUACAGACAUGGCUAUGACCUGAGCAGUGCCAUAAGUGUUCUGGUGCCACUCGGAGGGCCGGUCCUGUGCAGAGAUGAGAUGGAGGAGUGGUCGGCCUCCGAAGCCAGCCUAUUCGAAGAAGCACUGGAAAAAUAUGGCAAAGAUUUCAACGACAUCCGUCAGGACUUCCUCCCGUGGAAGUCCUUGACUAGCAUCAUUGAAUAUUAUUACAUGUGGAAAACUACUGACAGAUACGUGCAGCAGAAACGUCUAAAAGCAGCAGAAGCCGAGAGCAAGCUGAAACAAGUGUAUAUCCCAACUUACAGCAAACCAAAUCCCAACCAAAUAUCCACCAGCAAUGGCAAGUCCGGCACUGUGAAUGGAGCUGUGGGGACCACGUUCCAGCCCCAGAACACCCUCUCAGGGCGAGCCUGCGAGAGCUGCUACGCCACACAGUCUCACCAGUGGUAUUCCUGGGGCCCACCUAACAUGCAGUGUAGAUUGUGCGCGACCUGUUGGCUGUAUUGGAAAAAGUAUGGCGGUCUGAAAAUGCCCACCCAGUCAGAAGAACAGAAGUCUCCCAGCCCCACUGCAGAGGACCCACGCGUGAGAAGCCACCUGUCCCGGCAGGCCAUGCAAGGCAUGCCGGUCCGGAACACCGGGAGCCCCAAGUCUGCGGUGAAGACCCGCCAAGCUUUCUUCCUCCAUACUACGUAUUUCACAAAAAUUGCUCGUCAGGUCUGCAAAAACACCCUGCGGCUGCGGCAGGCAGCGAGACGGCCGUUUGUUGCUAUUAAUUAUGCUGCCAUUAGGGCAGAAUAUGCAGACAGACACGCCGAACUUUCUGGAAGCCCGCUGAAAAGCAAAAGCACUAGGAAACCUUUGUCAUGUAUCAUUGGGUAUUUAGAGAUCCAUCCUGCCAAGAAACCUAAUGUAAUUCGAUCUCCGCCGAGCCUGCAAACUCCAGCUACCAAGAGGAUGCUCACCACUCCGAAUCACACGUCUCUGAGCAUUCUGGGGAAAAGAAACUACAGUCAUCACAAUGGCCUGGAUGCCUCCAAGAUUCGGAUGGUGAAUUCUCUGAUUUUCGGAAGGGGAGGACAUGGACUCACAAGCCUGCAACUAGAGACUGUAAAAGAGCUUGCUUUUGUGGCAUCGGUUGGCCAGAGGGCAGAGUCUCCGAGUCCACGGGCUUCAAGUACUUCUGAGUAGUCAAACCAAUAGGGAGCAUUUUGCAGAAAACAAAAACUUACCUGCUGUGUGUCAGACUGAGCUAUCCCUCUUCCAUCCUGUACUUCAAGACCUGCUACUGUCCCGCUGGUGGUCACAGCCAUGCCUGGAAAGAAGGUGGCUCCUUCACUGGGAGAGCUCCGCGCACACCCCUUGGCGUCCUAGAGGGGCCGGGGAGAAACUGUAGGAGCGCGCAGUCCGCAUCCGCGGCUCCGCGUGUGAACCAGUGACACCUAGCUUCCUUCCCAGAGACCUUGCUGUCCCAGGAUGGACGUGUCUGAGAACUGAGGCGAGCAGGGAGCCACUAGCCAGCCUCCUCACUUCCCAGUUCCCAACUCCCAGGAGCUGCUAGCUCAGCCGUGGAGGCUGCUGCGGUCCCGGAGCCCCACUGCCCUGCAUGUGCCCACCCUACUGUUUCCUGCUGUGAAAUGAUGCACGGGAGGGACAUGGCAUCUUUCUGAGCGGCUUCUCCUUCAGGAUGUGCCGCUCUUCGUGCGGCCCACGACAUCGCCCUGCCUUUGCUAUUGUGUCUCUCGGCUUUUUUUCAAUAGGCUGCCUUUCUCUCCUCACGGAGGAAAUGACUCUUUCUGCAUCCCACGCAGGGUUUACUCCCACCCUCUGUGGGGCCGGAGGGUCUGGGGGAACAGACGGUUCUUGACCUUGGCCAGCCUGCAAGCAGCUGUCAGCAUCUGCUCCGUCGCCGGAGAGACACGGGGUUGAACUGGUUUCCGUUCGGUCCCGGGGAGCCCCACAGAGAGCGGGUGUCAACUGCGCCAAGCGUGCAAGCACAUCACUGUGACAAGCUGUUGGCUUACUGUCCUCUUCCCUUAUAGCUACACCAGCCGACAAAGAUCUGUAGCCGGGGUAGAGAGAUCCUUUAGUGGGUCACAAAUCUCCCCCUCCCCGCCCCCAUUUUAUUUUAAGUAGACUCUGUUGGGCCUGAGGGGUGGGGUAGAGGAUGGAAAUCUUCUUUGUAGAUAGGAAUCGAUGUAGAUGGCUUCGUGAUCCCUCACUCCUCCAGCUUUUCGGUGAGCAUGUGUGC